AGAGAGAAAAAAAAAAUUGUUAAUACUCGUAAGUGACUGAGACGUGACUGUGAUAUGUUGCUUGGGUUCAAUAGGAUUACCAUGUGGUGUUCUGUGCCUGUGCAGACGGGAGGGUGAAGAGGUUGUGUGAAGACCAUUAUUAACAAGCAACUUAUUCCCUCAGGAGCAUUGGCGUGUGAGAAACUGCGGUACUUAUUCUCUAACUCGUGGUGGUGAAUCUUCCGUGACUGAGUGAAGGGAAGAGCUAAGCGUUGUUCAUCCAGCUGGGCCAUGUGUUCCUUGACUGGAUAAAGGCAAGAGUUAGGCGUUGUUCACCCAGCUUGCCUGUGAACCCCCAAAAGUCGUGCUUGGAAAAGAUCAUCAUAACAGCGCACUCUUCAAAAAAUAUCAUAUAAGGAAAAAAAAAAAAAGAGAGAGAAAAACAUUAAUUUACUAGUGUGGCACCCUUUUUCAACCUAUAGACAGGUCCAAAACCUACAGAAAGACCACGCACUGAAAAAAAAGGGGGGAAAAGAGAGAAAGAAAAACCGAGUAUAAUCCCACUUUUAAGGAGACCAGCAGAAACUCUCCAACUUGCGGCCUUCCCAGCGCGGCCGUGGAUUGCAGGAGUGGGCCUUCAGUCCUGUUGAAAGAGUAGCUUGUAUGCUUCCAGGUGACUAAGGAAACGGGAGUCUUAAAUUUCUCUGGAGCUGGCCAAGGAAGCUAAAGAGUCUUAAGUUUCUCGGAGGUGGCGGCGGGGCAUGAAACACCUGCCGGGUACAUGCUUUACCACCAAGAACAUCUCCAUCACAGUCUCGCAGGACGGCAGGGAGUGCUUUGUUGACGAGAGAGACUUCGAGGUGGAACUGACAGCCACGAGUCCCACCGAGAGUGUAUUGUCUCCAUCUUUCUCAAGCCACACCGAGGUCGUGGAUUGUGGGACUGACGAAGAGAAUGAAGGGUUGAGGAGCCUGGCUGACUCCAUCGGGUCUUGCAGUGUUGAUAUCCCUCCCAGUCCUGACGCGACCAAGGAUGCAGAGAUGACGCAGGCCAAGGCGGAGACAGCGGGGGGAGGGAAUGACGGUGGUGGUGUGGGGGCCAUGGACACACGCCGGGCCCUUCUCUGCCUGGUGGCUAUCUUCCUGGUGUCUCUCAGCGCCCUCACCUUUGUGUACAAGAACUUCCCACACCUGGAGGAGGACGAGUACCAGCACAUGAAGCUGCCACGGGACAUAGAGGACGCCAAGAGCCUGGGCCGAGUGCUGUCCCACUACAAGGAGCGCUACUUCUCCGAGGUGUUGGCGGGAGUCUUCGUCACCUAUAUAUUUUUGCAGACCUUUGCAGUGCCAGGAUCCAUUUUCCUGUCCAUCCUCUCAGGGUUCCUUUUCCGGUGGGAGUUGGCGCUGCUCAUGAUCUGCUUCUGCUCAGCCACAGGAGCCUCAUUCUGUUACCUGCUGUCCUACCUGGCGGGCAGACCCAUCGUCCUCAAGUACCUACCUGAACGUACAAAAUCCUGGCAAGAGAAGGUGGACAAGCAGAGAGACAAUCUGCUCUUCUACAUCAUCUUCCUGCGUAUCACUCCCUUCCUCCCCAACUGGUUCAUCAACAUCACCAGUCCCAUCAUCAAUGUGCCCCUCGGCCCCUUCUGGCUUGGCACAUUUAUUGGUGUGGCUCCUCCCAGCAUACUGGCAGUGCAGGCGGGCACUACCCUCUACCAGCUGACCUCCUCAAGUGAUGCCUUCUCCCUAACAUCCGUUGUCUUGUUAGCGUUAGCGGCCAUCCUGUCCCCUUGUCCCAAUUUAUUCUAAAGAAUCGUCUGCGGGAGAAGUUUGACUAGGAGCAGCUGCCUUCCAUGGGCCAGAGAGGGGGACAAUGUGGCGGGGCUGGAUGGCGGAGGAAGAGGAGGGUGAGGAGAGGCGUGGUGAUCCUCUUCAAGAAAGCAAGCAUUGAGGAAGAAGUUAAAGAGGAGGUGAGGAGCAGGAGGAGGAAAAGGAGGAAAUUGGAGAGGAGGCGAGGGAGGAAGAGGAGGAGGAGGAGGAGGAGGAGGAGGAGGAGGAGGAGGAAGUAGGGUGCUGGGGGAAGGUACAGUCUCCUGUCUCCCCAAAUGCCAGACGUGCAUCACUGACAGAGAUUCCCUUUGAAAUCGUCAUCAUUGCUCACACUGGGCACUGAACUGUCCUCUUGUAGUGAGCCAGGACGUCCCUCAUAUCCUUCCCUCGUCUUGCAAGUGGCUGGGUGCAACAAGAAUCCGUUGACCCAGUGCUUCCUGCUGUGAUUGCUGUGUCCUGUUUCUGGCGACAGAGAUGAACGGCACAUGCUCUCUUUAACAUUCCCCCUGAGUGGUGUGCUCCCUUGAUCCUCCUGUUGGUAGUAGUUGGGGUUGUGGUGUCAUUCCAUGGAUGAUGUGGAGCAGGUGUGUUGCAUGAGAGGGCUGGCUACUCACUGGCUGGUUCAGGAAGGGUAAUCCAGACAGGAAACAGAGCUCACCCUUUUGUGGCCGCAUGGUAGGUGGAUAAUCUGAUGCCUUGAAUAGGUGUACUACUGAGUGUGUGUGUGUGUGUGUGAGAGAGAGAGAGAGAGAGAGUGUUAGCAGAGUGUUUAAAACCAACAAAACUAUUAAUUUAACAAGAGUGAGCCAGUUCAUGUCCUUGUCUGACAGAAGGCAUUGUGGAGACUAUGCUUAUUUUUUAUUAAGGUUAUCAGUAGAGAAGGAAAGUAUAAACACUAUUGUAAGCUAGAGGGUGUCAUGCCCUAGUUGUAGAGUUAAGCAGGACGGGUUUGGUUAUAAGUGGGAUAUUGCAGUUGGUUAUGUCCAUCCUUGCCAGACCUUUACAUCUGUGCUGGUGGGAAUGCUAAUCAUGAAGAACAAGCCAAAGAAAGUACCACCACUCAGCCCCACCCACUGCAAGUCAUGUAGGUGGAGUGAGUGAGUGGUGCUUGUAUGCAUGCCUUUGGUUCUUUGACAUAGCUGGUUUUUUGUGUAGGGUUCAGAGAGGUGGGCAGACACACACCACAUGGCCAAAACCAUUGUCUGUGAUGUCUUCAAACUCCAUGUACUUUAAACGCUAUAUAAGUGAAGUGACGUGUAUGCACCUGGUGGUGGGGCUGCCAGCUGGCCUGCCUGCCGUGCUGUAGGAAAGACAGCAGGCAGACAACCCCAAGGCUGCAGGAGUUGGCACAAUAACCUAACAUGCUGGAUGAAGGAGAUCUUAAGUGUACAAUUGUAAUUCUAUUUCCUCCACUGGCAGGCAGCAUCACUGUGUAGUGACUGCUGUUGCUGCUGCUGCUGUGUUCAAGGGUACUUUACUGACCUCAAUAAAGACUUGUUGACCUGU